UCGCUUGCUUGAUUGUAAGCUUCUUCGUGCAUAUGCAAGCGCUAUAUAUCAGUAGAUGUAAUAUCCAUAAGAAUUCACAGUUGUUUGUGAGCCAGUGUUUAAGAAAGUACAGUCUUUUCUAAUUAAACCACGAUAGUUUUUGGGUCAAAUAAACACAGCGUCGACUUAUUUGUUUUGUUUUGUUUUUUUUAUUGUUUACAAAUUUUACUUAUUAUUGUUUAUUUUGCAGAAUUACCUGAAAAAUGCCUGAACAGGUAAAUUUAAAUGAUGUCGAAAAUGAUGUAGAAUUAAUUAAACAAUGGCUACAAAAACAACCACACCUUCCAAAAAGUAUGGAUGAUCAAUUAAUUCGUCGAUUUUUGUAUAGUUGUCAUCAUAGUUUGGAGAAAACAAAAAACACAAUUGAUUUAUGUUUUACUGUACGAUCACAAGCGCCAGAAAUAUUUAGUAAUCGAGAUCCAGAAAGUCCAGAAGUUGAAAAUAUAUUUAAAAUAACCGAUAUGAUUCCGUUACCAAAAACAACACCAGAAAACUACAAAGUAUUUAUAUAUCGUUUGGCCGAUACAAAUCCAGAUAAAUUUGUAUUCAACGAUGCUGUAAAAACAUUUUUAAUGGUAGCCGAUGUACGAUUAAUAUCCGAAAAAGAUUUUCCAGCUGGUGAAGUACCAAUUUUUGAUAUGGCUGGUUUAACGUUACGACAUUUAUCACGUAUUGUGUUGCCAACAUUAAAGAAAUACAUGAUCUAUACACAAGAAGGACACCCGGUACGUUUGAAGCAGAUUCAUGUGAUAAAUGCAUCAGCAUUUUUAGAUCGAUUACUUUCAUUGAUGAAACCAUUCAUGAAAAGUGAAGUUCUUGCUAUGAUACAUUCACAUCUUCCAAAUUCCAAUACUCUUGAUAAAUACGUGCCACGUGACUUAUUACCAGAAGAAUAUGGUGGAAAAGUUGGUAAAAUUGCUGAUUUAAAAUCUGAAUGGAUAAAACGUGUUCGUGCCCAUCGUGAUUACUUUUUAGAUGAACAACGUUGGCUUGUAGAUGAAUCAAAACGAUCUGCCUCAAACAAUACCAAUAAUAAAUGUUCAAAUUCAUUAAAUAUGGAAGGAUCAUUUAGGUCCUUAUCAAUUGAUUAA